AUGGGUGGUAUCACAGAUCCCCGGAUCAAGGUCAACCCCCUUAUGCCUCCGGCAAAGCAAGAGCGCAUCCAUGUCUGGCGAACCGAAGUCGCUUCUGCUCUCCACCUCCCCACGGCCCCGUCUCUGUCGUCGUCUGUAUCAUCAUCAUCCGCCGCGACGCCAGAUCUCGACCCGGAUACAUCUUUCGCCACACCCCCAUCACCAGCUGGAUCUAGACCACGAAGCCUGUGGAAGCGACUCAGCUGGCGCUUUGGACCCAAGAGACGCACUGCUGUCAACAUGGCUGCCGCCGCCGCCGAGCUACCCCCUGAUGGCCGCACGGCUAUGUACCGUGGGCUUGAGACCAGGGAGCCGAGGGGUGGCGAUAUGGACGAGGAGGGCGGCAUAUUGGAGAGGGAUAGUGAGCGAGGAAAUGGUUUGAGAGAGAAGCAAGAAAGGCUGGCACGGGCAGCCAGAUUACUCAACCGCGAUGGCGAGGAACGGUAA